AAUUUCUGAAUUUUCAUAAAUUUUCAAGGUUUUUCGGGGAUUUCAGCGUAUUUAAUUGCUUUAAAAGGCAACUUCACAACUCCAAGAUGUUCCGGAAGCCAAAGAAACAGAUAUCUCGUCGGGUUUUCAGCGGAAAUUCGGAUGAUGAGGCCGAAACGGAGAAAAUGGUUGUCGAUCCGAUACCCGAGCCGCCCGUAAUUUCGCUGCCGAAGAAGAAGGUCAGCUCAAAAAGUGGCGAAAAAGACAAAAAAUCGUCGGCAAAACUGACACUGCUGAGUUUCGGAGACGACGAAGAGGAGGAAGGCGGCGGCGACGUAUUUCAAGUUAAAAAAUCAUCUCACAGCAAAAAAGUUAUGAAAAUGCUGGAUCGUGAGCGUCGCAAAAAGAAAAAGGAGCAAGAGUCUGCACAAAAAAUGCCAGACAAAAACGCUAAAAACGCUAGCGGGGUAAAUCCGGAAACGGAUGAUAAUCGCACAGCGAUCAUUAAAAAUGAAAAAUCUAAUAAAAUUCAAACCGAAAUACGAACCGAUGAAUUUGUGCUUGUCGUUAAAAACUCGCAACCAGAUAUCGUUCUGAAUGGCAGAGCAGCAUUAUGCGCCGGCAAAAAUGACAUGUCAAGCGAAGAGGAGGACGAAAAUCCCGACGAUAAGAGUCAUUCCUUCAGUAAACCCGACAAAUUCAAGCUCGUACUCGACAGCGGAGGGAUUCCAGAUGCUGCGAUGAUCCAUGCGGCACGAAAACGUCGUCAAAAGGCACGUGAAUUGGGAGAAUUUGUACCGUUAGAGGAAAAUAAUCGCGAAGAAGAACCGGUGAAAAAGGGAAAACGUCUCGUGCAUGAAGGAGAAAACGAGGGAUCUGACGAGGAUGACGAACGUGUCGAUAUGACGGCAAUUAGUGGCUUGAAAGAUCUCGAGGAACGACGUGAAAAAUUCUAUCAAGCACAACAAUGCAAGUGAAAAUCGAUUUUUUCUCAGAAAAUUAUUUUUUUCUAAUUUUUUAUGUUAAUUUUUUUAGAUGCCACUGACGAUUCUGAUCCCGAAAUGCACGAAUGGGAGAAUCAACAGAUCCGAAAAGGCGUCACUGGAGCACAAUUGCAAUCUGUACAGCAAGAAUCCAUGUUCGGGAACUACAUUCAAGGGUCAUUUGCGAAUUCCUUCAACAAUUAUGCGAAAUUUGAGGAGGAACAACAAAAGCCGGCAAAGAAAUUGACAACGGGAGAACUGUUGAAACAAGCUUAUGAGAAUUCGAGUGGCGUUGCAAGACCCAAAUAUGCGGAUUCGACGAAUAAACAGUCAAAAAUGGCUCCGAAAACGCCCCAAGAGCUGCUGGAGAAGAUGAGGGAAAAGUUCGAAAGUACUCGGAUCACGUAUCGAAACCAUUUUACGGAUAUCGAUCACAUUUCCAACGAAAUUGCGUCCCUCAAACUCGAAUUAAUCGAAGCGAAAGAGGGAGGUCCUCGUGCCGCCGAAAAAUAUCGCUUUUAUCAGGAGGAAAAAUGUUACAUGGCUGACUUGAUCGAGUGUUUAGACGAAAAAUUGCCGCAAAUUUCAUCAUUGGAAGACACGGCGCUCAUGGCUUUCGCGAAAUAUUCGAACAAUUUAAUCGAAAGACGACGCCAAGAUGUACGGGAUCAAGCAAAGGACAUGGCAGAGGCAUCAAAACCGGCAAAUCUCAAACAAAAACCCGAUCAAGAGGAUCAAGCGAGGAUACGGAGAGCUGCUGAACGUGAGGGACGUCGAACACGUCGUCGCAGAGACCGAGAAAAAAAUAAUGUGAACGAUAUGCAUCAAGAAGGCAUGUCGAGUGACGACGAAGUAAACGAUCAGGAACGAAAACAUCACGAAGAUAUACUUGCGAGUGUGCGACAUGAUGCGGCAACGUUAAUGGAUGAUGCCGCCGAUGAGUUUGCGCAAAUCCAUGGAGUUCUUGGAAAAUUUGAAAUUUGGAAGGAACGAUAUCCCGAUGCCUAUAACGAGGCCUACAUCCAUUUGUGCAUCCCGAAAAUUGUUGCUCCGCUGAUAAAAUUGAAACUCGUACUGUGGAAUCCGCUUGCCGAUGGAUGUGAGGAUUUUGAAAAGUCUGGAUGGUACGAGGAUUGCAUGAGAUACGCGAUUUUGGGGAAUGAAACGGAAGAAAGUUUGUAUGAAGAUCGUGAUUCAGCGCUUGUGCCAACAUUAAUUGAGAAAAUAAUCAUCCCGAAAGUGAAUGACUACGUUGAACGCGUUUGGGAUCCAAUGUCGACGACACAAACCUUCCGUCUGGUGCAACUAAUGAGCAAAUUAGGCAGAGAUUAUCCAUCAAUAAGGCCCAAAUCGAAGUCUUUACGAACACUUUUCCAAUCGUUACUCGACAAAAUUAAACUUUCCAUCGAAAAUGACGUUUUUAUUCCAAUUUUUCCCAAACAAAUCCAAGAAGGCAAAUCAUCAUUCUUCCAACGUCAAUUCCAUGGAGGUCUCAAGUUAUUCCGCAACAUUUUGAGUUGGCAAGGCAUUAUCGCAGACGAACCUUUGAAACAAUUGGCCAUUUUGAGUCUUCUCAAUCGUUAUUUGCUGCUUGGAAUGAGAAGCUCGUCAGUCGUUGAUGCAGUUAGCAAGGCACACACAAUCCUCUAUACUUUGCCGCGCGUUUGGUUGGCGCAAGAUUCGCCCAUUCUAGUCAGUUUGGAGAUGUUUAUAGCACUUCUGAGGCACAUUAACACACAAUUGGAUCACGCAAAUCCGAUGCAUAUUCAAGCCAUUGAGAAUCUGAGGAACAUUAUGAAGAGUCUUCAUGUUUACGAAUAGAAAUGUGAUACUCUUUUGUGAGAAAUUCCGUCAAUUUCUAUCAUUUUCCUUAGCUUUCGUUUGGUAGAAUUUUCAAUUUUGUAGGAUUUCUUGUAAAAAAUUAUUAAAAAGUAAUAAA